CUGUGACGCUAUCCUUCUCAAAUAAAAAAUACAACAUCAUUUUUGAAAGCAGAACUCAAUAUUUUAGAAAUUUCUUAACAACACACCAAAAUGAACAGACUUUUUGGAAGAGGAAAGCCUAAAGAACCACCACCAAAUCUUACAGAUUGCAUCUCGAACGUUGACAGUAGAGGAGAGUCCAUAGAAAAGAAAAUCAGCAAACUAGACCAGGAAUUGUUGAAGUAUAAGGAUCAAAUGAAGAAGAUGAGAGAUGGUCCCUCAAAGAACAUGUUAAAACAAAGGGCAUUACGAGUCCUGAAGCAGAAAAAACAAUAUGAAAGUCAACUAGAAGGUCUACGACAGCAGUCUUUUAACAUGGAGCAAGCUAACUUUACCACACAGACAUUGAAAGAUACCAAAAUCACUGUUGAUGCAAUGAAAGUUGGUCUUAAAGACAUGAAAAAAGAAUUCAAAAAUAUAAAUAUUGAUCAAAUUGAGGAUUUACAAGAUGACAUGUCAGAUAUGAUGGAACAAGCAUCAGAAAUUCAAGAUGCGCUGGGGAGAACAUAUGGGCUUCCUGAUGACAUUGAUGAGUCUGAUUUAGAUGCAGAACUAGAGGCCCUCGGUGAUGAUCUUCUUCAAGAUGAAGACACUUCAUACUUAGAUGAAGUCAGUGCACCAGCAGCACCUGAUACUAUCCCAGGAGAAAAAGACGGCUCCAAAACCCAGGAUGGCAUCCAGGUUGAUGAAUUUGGACUUCCUGUUCUUGCUAAAAAUUAAGAUAAUUCUAGUUUACCUGCUCAAAAAAUGUCUGUUUUCCCCGGUUUAUAUUUGUGUAUGUUGCACUGAAGCUGCAUUUAUUAUACGUAGACUGCCCAUAUGGACUGAAUGCUAAAAAAUUGAUUUUUUUAUAUGAAAUGCUGUACGAUAAAUAUUGUUAUAGUAUCUCUGUAUAAGGGGAGUAAAUUAAACUUUAGGCAAAAAUAAAACUCUAACCAAAGCUUCACUGUACUUUCUAAUGCACAGUUGGUACAAUAUCAUAGUACCGUGUUAGAWAUAUCAUGUAAUGAUUAAKUAUUUUAAAACAAAAGAGAYRCUUCAAUAUUAUACAGUCUAACACRCAYUACRCAAAUGUGAAGUGAAAAUACCAGCUUUAAGCAAAAAAAGUGUUGAUCUUUUGUAUCUGUUGAUAUAUUGUAUAUUUGCACUCAGCCAAAAUUCAGCAAUAUUGUAAYUAGGUCUAUCCAGUUUAAUUACAGUAAAUUUUACUAGGUGGAAUCUAUGAUAUGAGGCAACACAGCUUGUAAAUUUAACAGUGUAUGGAAUUUAUCAKUAAAAACGUUUUAAAUGAUA